UGCAUACGUUAUAAAUGUGAAUUAACACAACUGCUGCGAUUUGCGUGAUUGUCGUCGAGUGACCGCGGUACAAUGCCAGAAAAUGAGAAUCCGUGGAUGGCAUUACUACAUUGUGUUUAAUUGUGUUCUAAUUAUCCCUUGUAUAUUUGGAAAACCGGUUUCCCUCAACGAAAUAAUCGCUGCAGAGAAUAAGAAAACACAGAUUUCCGAACUUACACGGAAAUCCAAACUAAAAGGUGGAAAAACGGUAUCAUUAAAUGAAUUAAUUGCUACAGAAAAUAGGAAAAGGCACGCCUCGUAUCCUACGCCUGAACAGAAAAUAAAAGAUAUUUCUGAAGACCACUUGUCGUCAAACGAAGCCCCUCGCAAAAAGCUUAUCAAAUAUAAAAGAAACCAAGUGAAAAGAAUUAGUCAACUAUCAUUAUUCAAGGACAGAAGUUCUGACAUAAACAACGUUUUAAGUCUAUUGAAACCACAAGAACUACUGAACAAGCUCCGCCAAAGAAAUAAAAGUAAAUCAAGUAAACGAGAAAUCAUUCACAAUGAGGACAUCGGUGACAACUCUAUUUCUCUUUUUCGGAAUCUCAACCAUUUUUUUGACAAAGUCUUCCAUAACGACGCGGGCACAGCCAAUAAAUUUAGAGCAGGAAAAAUCAGACACAACAAGAUUAUUACCGAAAGAGACGGAAUGGUAUGCACCUGCCAGCAAAAACCUGGCCUUAAGCGGUCAGCACUCCGUAUUAAAUCGCCAAAAAAGACAACUGCUCAUGCCAAGACUAUCUCCUCUGAGGUCUCGGCUGAUACCGAGGCUGCCGCCGCGACAGCCCCUGAUCCUGCCCUGGCUAACGUCCGCAGUUUCGGAUCGCAUAAGAACCUACCCGUACUACUUUCAAGAAAUCCCAUUAGCAGUAGGAGAAACCAUAAUGGACACAGUGAGAGAGGCAGCUCCGCAUUUCACGGAGACCUUAAAAGAAAUAUCACCCGGAAUAAUGGAAAUAGUCAACAUAAUUCCCGAAUCCGAGAAGAUGCAUCCAAUACAGAAAGUUAUGAAGAAUCUCCCCACAGUAUUGCACGAAACAGUUCAAGUAGCGAUGGAUUCGGACGAAGAGAUAGAAACAGCACCAGAAAUAAAACCGAUGAAGUCUUCAAAAUCGCGGAAAGCAAAGAUGGCAACUACAGAUCCAGCAAAGAAUUUAAUGGAAAAGUUACAAUCGAAGUUGGAAGAAACGAAACAGGAAGUGAAAUAUCUCUAUCAAAACAUGUUGGAGGACUACGAGGACAUGUACCCGAAGAUCAAAUCGGCGCUAACGCAGAGCCCAUACAAUCCAAAGAAGAUCAUGAAAAAAGCAACAACUAUGUCGCACUCGAUCGCGCCAAUGAUCAACGAAUCUCUGACAGAAGUGGCCCAAUUACCACAGAAGCUGAAGAAUUUAGUACAGAAAAUAUCACAGUGAUAUCCAUACAAGAUUUGUCCAAUUUAACGUUAGCCCUGCAGAGCGCACCAAAAGGCAAUUUGCCUGUGGUAACAAUUUUUGGAGGGUAUAGCGUUGCGAAAGACAUAAAUGGCCAAAAUAAACUAUCUGAACAAUCUAUUCACAUAUACUCAUAAUUAGCUUUAGAAUGUCUCUAUUGGUAAUAUAGUUAGUAUAAGUAUAGUAAAAUAAAACCAUUUGAUAUAUAUUUUGUUUAUUUUCU